AUGGCCCUGGCGCUGCGCCCGCAGCACGCCGCCGUCGGCGUUCUGGCCGCGGUCGCGCUGAGGCACGCGGACCUGCUGUACCAGGCCGUCCUGCACCAGGCUGGCUGGGGAGGCGCUGGCGCGGACCUGGUGGCGGCGGUGAGCGCCGCCCGCUCGGCCGCCGAGGCGGCCACCAUCGCGGCUGCGGCCGCGACUGGGGCGGGCGCGGCCCGCGAGGAGGAGUGCCCCCACACGCGGGAGUGGCUUGGGCUGCCGGAGCCACCGGCCUGCCCUCCGCCAGCCGCGUGUGAGUGCUCCUACCCCGCUCCGCCCCCGGCGGCCGACGACCCCUGGGAGCCAGCCGACCAGGCUUGGCAGCUGCUGGGAGCCGCGCUGGGGCACGUCAGGAUGGCGAGCAGGCGCGUGCGCCAGCCCCUCCGAGCGGGGAGCGCCGUCCGGGCGGAGGAGGAGAACGUGCCGAAGUGGAAUGGACUGGCGGCCCUGCGCCUGGCCAGCGGUCGAGUCGUCGAGGAGGAGGCGUACUGGAGUGAGCUGCUGCCAGGCUCCUACGCCGCCGUGUUCUAUAGUGAUGAUGAAGUGUGGCAUGAGAGAUUGCUCCUCGGCCAGGUGGAUGACCAUCAUUGGGUGAUCGAGACACCAGGCCACGACGUGUACAUCGAGAAUAUGUUGUGUACGUCGCCUGCAGACGGGCCACGUCACGCGGUGCAGUUGGCCGAUGAUGGUUCACUUCCAGUCUUCUUGAUGGGCAAGACCCACUGCUUCAAGGAAUACCCUGAUGAAGCUGGUCUUCGUGAGAAGAUGCUGUGCGCUGCGGAGGUCGCCCAGCAGGCGGGGUAUGACGAACCCCUUCGUUCCAAGUACCUGAGAGCGACAGGCGAGAGAGUGCCAGUGGAGAUGGCGGCGCCAGUCAAGCGUCGACAUCGGCACAAGGGUCCCCCGCUACCGCCGCCCUCCCUGCCGCCGCCCGAGGAGGUCCGCAGCGACAUAGGUCUGGAGUUGGCCCGGCCUGAGGACGUCGGAGGCGCGGCAGGGCAGCCAGCUGGGAUGGGAUGCGAAGGCACUGCGACCCCGCUGCCACUGGAGCCUGAUCGUGCUGUCCGCUGGGUUUCGAUGGCGACAUGCCAUCGUGCAGCUGGCGUGCUUCGCCGAGGAGAUGAUGUGCAGCUGGCCGACAGCGACAUGGUGAUGGGUGAGCGGGCGCUCCGCAGGUUGCCCGACGGCCAGGUGCCGGCUGCCUGCGCGCCGCACAGCCUGGACCACAGCCAGGACGUGCGCCUCGGAGGCGACGGGGCUGAUGCUUGGGUGCUGUCGCCAGUGACCUACGACCCAGGAGGACGCCGCUGGUCGGAGUUCUCGGCGGCGCUCAGCCGCGUGCGGGUCGAGCCCAUGGACGAUCUCCCUCUCGAGGGACUCUUCCAGUAUGUGCGCGACCACGGCUGGACCUUCGACGCGCGGCAGACGAAGUGGGCCAUGGAGCAGCGCAUCCAGCUGGACUCGACGGCCUUCCUGAUGCGCGACUUGGUGGGGCUCGCGCUGGACCUAUCGGUGUGCUACGACCAAUGCGAUGGCGGGAGCCUCGCCAGCGUGGAGGUGUUGGUGCGCCUGUGCCAGCUGGUGGAGACGACGAGCGGGGCGCUGCAGCUGGAGGGCCUGGAGCGCUACCUGGGCCGGGAUAGGACGGGGGGCCUCCGACGGGGCGCGGCGCUCAACCCGGCUCCGGCGCAGUGCGCGACAGACAGGACGACCGCGGAGACGGAAGUCAUGAAGCAGAGGCGGAAAGCUCGAGAGUAUGCCGACGCCGCCAACAAGAACAAGGGCAAGAAAGGGGAUGGCAAGGGGCACCCCCGAGGGAAGGCAGCGCCUCGGAGGCCCUUGGCCGAGGUCUACAGCGACAUCAGGGCGCUGCGCCCGGCCGGCGCACCCGAGCCGGGGAAUUCAUUUAUUCCGCAGGAAGCCCUCAUCGAGCUUCUCGGGAGCACGCCCUCGCCCUACUGCAAUGGUGACGAGACCUCCCCCGUUCGGCCCGAAUCGCGCGAUCUGGUCAGCCUGGCCCGUGGAGGGCGACAUCCUUCUGCCGCUUCAGACCAAUGGACCAAUGCGCCAUCGGACCUGCUCCGGCAGUUGACAGAGAACCAGCGCGAUGCGCGGCUGCGGCAGCCGCGCGAGGUGCAGCAGACCUGGCAGGAUGACGGCCUGCCGACCUUGUGCGGUGGCGAGAUUUGGAAGAAUGAUCGUGGAAAGGGCAUCUUUCGCCCCGGGAUUCGCAUCGUCGCGGGCUGCCGUUUCAGCAGCCAGCACUUUCGAGAGGCGCCGAAGGCCCACCUCUUCUCAGGCAGCAGCUUCGCUGAAGUGGAGGUCCCUGGCGACAAGCAAAUGUGGUGCGCAGGAGGAGAUGUGCAGAACGCAUUGUACCAGCACCGCACGCCAGCCUGGCUGCAGCCCUACUUCGGCCUGGGCCCAGCUUCUGCUGGGGAGGUCGGCGUCUCGCGGCUCGACGGCCAGACGGUGUCCGGGGAUCUGUGGGUCUACCCCUUGAUGAACGUGGUUCCGAUGGGCUGGAAGUGGGCCUUGUGCAUCGUGCAGCGCAUUCGCGAGACUGCGCUGGACAGUGUCCCCGAGCUGGGACCAAGGCGGAGGGCGGUCGACUUCCGACCGCCGCCUGAUCCUGGCGAAGGUGCGGUGCGCGUGGGCAACGUGCUCGUCGAGGGCUACGACCAGCAGGAGGUGGCGCACCUUCGCCGGGCCGCCCGCGCAGCUUUGCAGAAGGCGGGGUACGCGACGCGCGAUGAGACGGACGCCGCCGAGAGCAUGCAGGUGCUGGGCGUGGAACAGCAGGGUCUUCCAGGCCGCGUGGCCGAGUCGGCAGGCCGCCACUGGAAGCUCUUGUUGGCGCUGGAGUGGAUGGAUCCACCGACGCUGGCCUGA